GUGAUUCGCCAACUGACAGACAAAUUCAUCUUCAAGCCUCAGGCAUCAACAUCGUACGGCUUCCUAUCAUCGACCUCUAUGGUCAACGAUUGGUGUGCAUCUGCCCAGUCCUCCACCCUUCGUAGGACCACAAUUCUCUAUACAAAUGCUCGUGUCAUGCUCCCCGGUAAUCAUGGAGCAUAUACGGUGCGCAAAUCACUUCGGCGUCCCAUUAUGAAGAAUAUAGCUUCCUUUAUUGGAAAAUCAAAUUUGGCUUCUGUAGAAGCAAUGGGUUCAGCAAUUGCAGGCAUGAGUGGGAAGAGAGCGAGUCCCGUGGUGAGUCGAUCAAUCUCGUCCAAUUCCUCAAGGACAUGGCAGCCAAGUCAUGGCAUCAUCUUCAAAGAUGUUUCUGCGCCAGGGUCACCGAGACACUUGAGUACGGUUUCUGUGGCAGAGAAUGAGCAGAAUCUAGAGUAUCAUUCAUACGUCGAAGACAGUUAUGUUUUAGCAAACGCGCACGUUGAAAGCUCGACAACUCAGAAGGUGGCGACCAUGGCUGAGGAAGAAAGCUUGGAGCCUGGGACAGCAGCAGAUGUUCAAGAGGUAGCGGACGGACAAGAGAUAGCAGAUGAGAUUCUGGAAGAUCCUGCUAAGAAAGAACUUCCGAUUUCCGAGUCCACAUACCAAAUGACGGACGAACUGUUUAAAAAGGCGAAAAACGCCGAACCAGAGACACCAGAAUCCUACUGGUCACAUACUUUGUAUCGUGGGCCAGAGAAGGAUGGGAUUCCGAAGAAAGUUAAAGUACAUUAUUGCCGAAGUCUGCAAACUACGGAACAAACGUUGCGACAACAUUUCUUGGGCAAAAAGGUUCUAGGAUUCGACAUCGAAUGGAAGGCGGAGGCACGCGCACAUCAUGGGCCAAAGAAGAACGUCUCUUUGAUUCAACUCGCAACAGAAGAGAGAAUUGGCCUCUUUCACAUUGCAUUGUUUCCACAAGUCAACGCCUCGGAACUCGUGGCUCCGACUUUGAAGAAAAUCAUGGAGGAUCCAGAAGUCACUAAAGUAGGCGUUGCAAUCAGCGCAGAUUGUACACGUCUUAGGACACAUCUUAAUAUUGAUUCAGUCUCUAUAUUUGAGCUUAGCCAUCUUCACCGAUUGGUUAAAUAUACCCUUUCCCAGGAAUACGAUCUGAUCAAUAAGAGAUUAGUUUCGCUAGCAAAGCAAGUGGAAGAGCAUCUACAUCUACCAUUAUUCAAGGGCGGGGAUGUUAGAGCUAGUGAUUGGAGUAGAGGACUAUCAAUACAACAAAUUUCAUACGCAGCAUCAGAUUCGUAUGCGGGUUACCACCUCUAUGAUGUACUGGAGACCAAGCGCCAAGCUCUAAAUCCAGCGCCUCCACGACCAUCUCAUGCCGACCAAAACGAACCCAUCCCCCUAUCACACCUUCCUAUACAAACUCCAAUAAAACGAAAACAAACUCGUCGCCAGGUCAUGCAAGAUCCCCUACCACUUGAACCAGAUUUUUCGCUCGAAGAGCCCAAAGUUACCAUUGGAUCUCCGAUCGAAGCUGCAACCGAAGCAGGAAGUGAAAUAGAGAUCAACGAUCUCGUGAGAAAAAUUACCAGUUCCGAAUCGCCAAUCGAAAUACGAAGAAUACGCCACGUCUCCGACUCUAAGGAUCUCGUGAGAAAAGUCACCAGUUCCGAGCAAUCAGUAAAAAUACGAAGGAUUGAACCCGCCCCCGACUCUAACGAUUGCGAAGAUUCUCCCGUUCUCCUAGCAGCGGACGUAUUGACAACCUUCUAUCUGGAAACUAAUACAGAAUCGAAAGUUUCACGAUUGCAACUCGUGCCCUACUUCAUUUGGUACCAUAACGCCCAUAUUUCCAUUCCAGAGAUUGCAAGCAUAUGUAACAACCGGGAUAAUAGGGUUAUAAUAAAGCGUAUAUUGAUGGUGAUCUCUACAGAUAAACUACCUUAUGAAAAGCAUAGAUUGAGGGAUCUUUUAGGAGGGUUGUCAAAAAACACGGCAUGGGAGAAUUUUAGAGGAUUGGUGGAGGCGGUUGAUACACCAGAUGUUUGCGAUGAUUAGAAAUUCAUCACGAGAAGGCGUUCUGAAUUGGAGUUCUUGGUUUGGGUUUGAGAAAGGAUGGAAAGGGUACAUGAUAUGAUACACUACUAUGGUUACUGGGGGCAGUCAUUGCGUAAUAGAUAUUCUAUGACCUGUUGGAAUCCUUGGAAACCUUGAGGUUGGGGAUAUAUUGGAUGUGAUAACUUUUGCACUUUAAAUUCUGUGCGUUGAGCAGGGAAAGAAAUAUGAAAUAUUCCCACUCAUCUUUGAUACACUUGCAAUACUGAAUUGAUGAAUGAAUAUCUUAUUUGAUAUCAGGAUCUCCAUAAAAUCGCCCUCA